AACCAAACCUUAAACAUUGGUAUGAUAAUGAAUCAUCUCAUUGAGGGUAAAAUGAAAAUUCUAAAGCUACACUAACAUUCUUCUUGAAAUAGACCAAAAGGCAAAUUGUAUCACAUAAAUUAAGACAGAAAACAUAACAAAUAACUGAUAUAAUUAAGAAUCGAGGUGCAACAAAAAUUAAUCUGAACACCACUAUUAUGAAAAAAAUUAUUACAACUUGUACUAUAAUAUGUGUGUAUAUUUCUGUCUCUCAUGUCCAUAUUCUUUGUAAGCUAACCUCUCAACCUUUCCUUUUAGACCGUUUUGUUAGUUGUCCACCUCAACUUCGAUUUCUAUUUCUAUCCCAUUUUUAUCUUUCCUUUCUUCUCUAAUUUUCCUUCUCUUUUUUCCUUCUCCAAACAAAAUAAUCCCACAUUCAAACAACAAAUACAAAAAAAGAGAGAGAAAACAAUUUAAAGGUUUCUUUUUUCAAGUCCUUGGGCAUUUUUGCCCUCAUAUCAAAUAUCUUUUCUUGAUUUCCUCUUUUCUUUGUUUUUCAUAUAUGCAUGCUUUUAUUUGCAUGCAUAUAUACAAAAAAGAAAUAGUUGAGGAAGAUAUUAAUGGGGAAUGCAGUUAGAAGGAGAUAGAAGAAGCUUAUUCCUUUUUCAUAUCCUUAUUUUCUGCAUGGCAUAAGAAUCUAGCUGGAAAGGCAAAGGAAUCAGUUCUUCCCAUUGGUGUGGUCCUUCUAUCUGUGUUCUGUUUCAAUUCUAAGCAGAGUACUUCUGAUUAUUUGGGACUUUACAGUCUAUAACAUGGCAACCAAAGUGAAGGGGAUUUACAAAUUUAUCACCAGUAUUUUUGUUGUUAAGGAGAGGGAGUUGGAGAUUGGAUGUCCAACUGAUGUUAAGCAUGUAGCACAUAUUGGUUGGGAAGGUCCCUCUGGAGGUGCACCUACUUGGAUGAAAGCAUUCAAGUCAGGGCCUGAAUUUGCAGUAACUUCUAUUGGUAACUCUGGUUCUGCUAUUUGUCCAUGGUCAUCUCAAGGUUGUGGAGAGUCGGCGAGGCAACUAACAACAGCUAACAUGUACAAAGACAUGACAACUUCAGAUGUUCCUAGUCCUCCUAGAAAACAUAAACGGAGGAAGCCUAAGUCGACAUCCUCUCCAAAGUCUAGCUCACCAUCCACGUUGAGAUCAUCGCGAGCAACUAAACACAAGGCUAAAUCUGUUGAAGGCAAUCACAAACCAGCAGCCAUAGAAGUUUCUUAAUGUUACAAGCAGAAAAAUUGCAGUUCAAAAGCACAAAAAAAGCUGACAUUGCAUAUAUCCUAGUUGUUGAAAAUCCUCAGGAUGUUGAAUCAUACUAAGGUAUUUGAAGAGAAAGGCAAGGAGUGGGAGUAGAAAGUUAUGUAAAUGUAGAGGGGCUAGAGAGAUGGCAAACACAAAAGUAAAAUCUAAUUGUACUCGAACUUGGUGUUUUGGGAAAAUAAAACUAGAAUUUGUGUUGA